ACCAUCUUUGUUAACUAUUGUCGUCGUCGAGCUCGUAUAGAAAGGCCCCGGGCACCAUGGCAUCUAGCAUGCUAGGCAUGUCUAUCAUGCGCUCUGUCAGAGCCUCGUCAUCAAAAUGCUCGAGACAAGUUCGGUAUGCAACGACCGCCAUGAGGAUGCCAGCCAUGUCACCUACAAUGACCGAAGGAGGUAUCACCAGCUGGAAGAAGGAAGAAGGAGAGACGUUCGCAGCAGGUGACGUCUUGUUGGAGGUGGAAACGGACAAAGCUACAAUUGACGUCGAAGCCCAGGAUGAUGGUGUCAUGGGAAAGAUUCUGGUCCAAGCUGGCUCUAACAAGAUUCCCGUCGGACAGAUUAUCGCUAUGCUUGCAGAGGAAGGCGAUGACCUGUCGAGUAUAAAAGUCCCCUCAGAGCUUGGACCCGACUCAGGUUCGAGCAAAGCCGAGGGCUCUAGUUCCGGACCCAAGCAGGAUUCAAAAGCUUCGAAACCUGAGCAGAAUAAAGCAGAAGGAGGAAAGAAGGAAGCUGCCCCUCAGAAGACACAAGAUUCGACAAAUAAACAUUCAGAUGGACAUAAAACGAUUCAACAUUCCAAGCCACUCUUCCCAUCUGUCAUGAGAUUACUGCAAGAAUCUUCCCUCUCCCCUAGCGAGAUCUCCAAGCUGAAAGGAACGGGAAAGAAUGGCAUGUUGACGAAAGGAGACGUCUUGCUGGCUCUUGGGAAAAUCAAGAGCGCCUUCGGAUCAGCGGAGAAGCUGUCGACGGAUAUCAUGGGACCGAGUGGAAAGCGCAAAUCAGAGGCCGGUUCAAGCAGUACGACUGCUGCCAAAAAGGAGGAACCUCUGGAUGGUCCAUCCUUACGCCGUUUGAUUGUCGCCGGCAUGUCGAAGGCGACCCUUCCAGCAAAAGCUAUCGACCAACAUGUGUCUACGAAUCUUCCUCUAUCCCUUGACGCCGAAUUUGACGCCCUUCUUGCCCCGUAUCACUCGCUCUUACCUCCGCCUCAACCUCAGAUCCCAAUCCCAAGCCGAGAACAAUUGGUAGACGUACAGAGUAUAGGGCAGAGUUCGAAGCGCGACGAAUGGGCAGGAUUGAUGUAGGAGGUUGUUAGGCUUCGAUAUAGAUGUGCAAUGCAGCGGAGACUCCGCGAUAGAAUGCAAUGCAAUGCAUGGUCAUUGUCUCCAGG